ACAUUGAUGGAGUAAAGAAAGUUUGAGGGAGUUCAGAAUGGCUUUCGAUAGACAUCAGAGCACAUCUGCAUAUUCACUCUUUCCUACUCUUCAGCGUCAGAACCAAAUUUUUCCUACAAACUAUGUAUCCUCUGAGGCUUUAAGUAAAACACAGGGACAGUCUGUCAACAUUGAUUUAGAGGAGUUUUUUCAACAAUGGCAUUUUAAUUUGCCCAAUGGAGACAGAGACACCUACACCCAUCCUCAGAAAGUGCCAUCAGGUCGACCAAUGCUGGAUGUUAGAAAUGCCUACCUCUCUCAGAUACAACAAAGAAAACAUGACUACACGUCACCUGACAACGACAGGGGCAAUGGUCCGCUUAUGAAUCAUUACGCUGAUCUGAGUAAUGUCCUGAAAUCUGAAAAUGAAAAAAGCCCCACUGGUUUUCAUCCUCAUUAUGAAGACCAAUUGAACCACAGCCGUGCAAAGCCCAUCAGUAAUGAUCAGUACAUCCCACAAGACAUUAACCAACUGGUCUACAGUUUGCAGUCAUUCAUCGCUGGUGAGAACGAUAGCUUGUUUCUUGGUGACAUUCCAAACAUGCACAGGCAGACAGUGGCCAUGAACUUUGAUGACAGUAUGGGUGAACAAUACAAAAUCUCCCCAUCUGACAUGUCACCACAAACUACUUCUCGAGUGCAGAUCCAAAAGCAACUUGGGAGAAAAUUUGGGACCGAGCAGAUAGAAAGAAAUGGAGGAGCACAUAACCAAACAUUUAACCAUCAUGCUUAUCUUGAUCUACCUGGUUUUAGCCCUCAGAACACAGACUUCUUCGAGCAACCAAAACCACCCUUUGUAUCGUUAAACUACCCAAACCGAUAUCAGAACAAGAUGACCAUGCACAGACAAAAUGCUUCAAACCCCAACAUAGGCAUGAAACAGUUUACAAAGCAGCAAUUCCUGCAAGCUAAGAUACAGGGAAAGAUCAAGCCACCAAUGCAGGAGGAAAAGAAGAGGAUGCUUAUCUCUAGUUUUCUAGGUGAAGGCGACCCAGCAAGACUUCAAUCCAACACUGACAUGAGGGGAGAUGAGAAGCGAGGCCUCUCAAAAAACCUGUAUUUUGACCCCAUGGGGAACAUGCAGUUUAAGAGACUAGAUGAUGAAAGCAACAUCUUCAGUGCAGGGAAUACACAGCAGCUCUUGCCUUUCUCAUGUCCUGUAAAUGACCCUAGAAGGAUGCCGAGUGUUACCAUCAACUCCUCCAACUUCAGCUCAAGAUCCACACAGCCCUACGGAAGAGCUGUUCCUGGCAUGGACGUGGGUGAUAUGGUGUCAACCAGUGAGUCUGCAGCUUUCAACUCCUAUGUCAGUGACGUGAUGAGCCACCGAGGGGAGAGCACUUAUCAUGGCAUGCCUUCUUCAAUAGUGAUGAAUCAAGGAGGACCUGUGUUCCAGCUUAACUUCUACCUGGAUGAGUGCUAUGAGCAGUGGAAGUGUUUGGAAAAGGAAAGAGAGCAGAUACAGGCCAUCCUUUCCAUGACAUUCCAUGGGAAGAAGACUGCAGCAAUGAUCAACACCAACAUACCCAAAACUCCACAGAACCCUACAAGAGUUGACCACCUUAUUGUUAAAAACAUGAGAGAACAAGCAAGGGUGACAAGUCUUCUGGAUCGAAUGGAGUGUCUGCACAACAUUCCCCUCCAUACCAACAUUCACACAGCACUAAACAGGCAUAAUAUGGCAAUUUCCAUAACCCAAGCCAGACGCAAAGAGGAGAUUGACAACAUGUCUAAACACCAGCGUCAGAGAGCUCAUUUCACAGAGGACAGAGAUACUCUGUUGUUGGUUUUUGCACUGAAAGACCUUGCUGCAACCACAAGGAAGCUCCGUACAGCCCUGUGGUGUGCUCACCAGAUGACACUCCCAAAACCUGUCAAGGGGCAGGAGAAGACUGCCUCCCAAGAGCCCCCACACUCAAGGAGGAGCCCCUCUCCAUUAGAGGGCUACUCUUUUUAG